AUGAACAUUAACGACAAACCAUCAGCAAUCCAAUAUGGCCGUACGAUAUUCGAGCAGAGCAUUGUCCAUCGCUGCCUAGUAAUAUGGGUCGAUGCAUCAGUGCACAAGUUCCCUCCUACCAAAAGAGCAAGUAGGCUUUCUGCCUCCGCAGUCAGAUACCUCGACCCUUCAUCUAAGCGCUGGAAGGAAUCUGUUACUUUCAACACCCUUCCGUAUGGAUCUCGAUUUGCAGCCGAAGCAGAAUUUAUAGCCAUUCACGAAGCCUUUCGCGUUGCAUUCAAGAUUACGGACGAAUUUGACCGCCUAAUCAUAUUUUCUGAUUGCCAGCAAGUGCUUCAAGACCUAAGAGCAGGAUCGAGGCUUCCUUUUCUGACGAAAACAGAGAUGUUGGGCAGCCUCUUAGCAUUUGCGAAUUGCAUGUACGACCUUGGGAUUGCCGUGGAACUUCGAUGGGUGCCUUCCCAUUCUGGAGUUGAGGGGAACGAGCGAGUGGACGAGCUUGCCAAGCAGCUCAGACGAUCUGGACAAUCCAUUCUCGCACAAAAAUCACCCCUUCGCAAUCUGAGUAAUAUCACCGUUAGCGCAGGCUCACUGGAAUCGCUUCGGCAGGCACUGGUCGAAAACAUCACACAAACCACGCAUGGCACAGAGGGCAACAGCAACAAGGUGGAUAUGGAAGCAAGUAUUGAAUUCGAAAAGCUGACUGGCCAAGCAUCUCCUCCGCCAUGCAUAGUCCGAACAGUAUCUGUCCUGAACUAAUGCUCUAGCUGAAAGAUAUCCUGACGGCAGCCUCAGCAACCAACCAAGUUACUAAUCCGCCGGUACGUUGCUUAAAUAGGGCUGAGCGAAAGCGAGGCCUUGUUUUCGACGUCCUAUGGUCGUAUGUAUCAGUCUAUGCCCACCGCUACCAUUGUAUAGCGCAGAAUGACGCG